GGCUUGUCUGCUGAUUGCUACAAACUACAGAACAGUCAGAAGUGUAAAGAUUAACACUGGGGUGUGAGACGGGAAUUACGGCCUUUGUGGUCUUUGUGUGAGCUAACAGGGGAAUUCAUAUUUAUAUUUAUAAUUUCAGGAUUGAACCAGUGAGUGAGUUAACCCAGACAUGGCACUGCUGCAACUGCCUGGCUCCUGGUGCCCUGUGUGGAAUGCCACUCUUAUAGGUCUCGCUUUUCUUCUCCUUGCACUACUCUUUGAUUUCAUGAAAUACAGGAGACGAGGAGCCGGCUCUCCCCCUGGACCAUGCCCACUGCCUUUUGUGGGGAACAUAUUCCUUCUUGAUUUCAAUAACCUCCCUGACAGUUUGUCUAAGCUGAGGGACAAAUACGGGAAUGUAUUCAGCCUGCAGAUGUUUAAAGACCAGGCUGUUGUGGUGAGUGGUUAUGAGGCGGUAAAGGAAGCGCUUGUCACCAAAUCAGAGGACACAGCUGACAGACCCUCUAUUCCCUUCUUUGAACAUCUCGGCUUUGAUAACGGCAUUGCGUUCACACGAUACAAUCGUGAAUGGAAAGAACGGAGGAGAUUUGCGCUGUCUACUUUAAGGGACUUUGGGAUGGGGAAGAAAUCAAUUGCAGAGCGAGUACGUGAGGAGGCUGGAUAUCUGUGCUCUGCUUUCCGUGCAACAGAAGGUCAACCCUUUGACCCCUACCUGCUUGUUUAUAAUGCUGUCAGCAACGUCAUCUGCUCCAUUGUCUUUGGGGAUCGUUUUGAUUAUGAUGAUGAGAAAUUUCAGAGGAUGAUUCUCCUCUCCAGACAGAUAUCUGAAUUAGAAACUGGAAUUUCUGCACAGAUGCUUAACAUCUUCCCCUGGCUCAUGAAGAUUCCUGGUCCUCACCAAAAACUGUUUGUUGCUCAAAACAAUUAUCUUGACUUUCUCCGAUCGAUUAUCAAGGAACAUAAAGACACAUGGGAUCCUAAUAUCAGAAGGGACUUUAUUGAUGCCUUUCUAGAGGAAAUUGAUAAAUCUGAGGUUGAAACCCAAACCAGUUUCAAUGAGACCACUCUUCUCUUCACGACUGCUGACCUCUUUACAGCUGGGACAGAGACAACAUCUACCACCAUACGAUGGUCACUGCUUUAUAUGCUCCUCAAUCCUCACAUUCAGAAGCGGGUUCAUGAAGAAAUUGAUAACGUUAUCGGUCGCAAUAGGUUACCCACAAUGGAAGAUCAACCAAACAUGCCCUUCACCAAUGCCGUUAUCCAUGAAACCCAACGCCAAGGGAACAUCUUGCCAUUGGCUCUGUUCCACAUGGCUUAUAAAGACACCAGCAUCCAAGGCUUUAACAUCACCAAGGGUACAACAAUCAUCCCAAACCUGACGUCUGUCCUUAAGGAUGAGACCAUCUGGGAGAAGCCAUAUCAAUUCUAUCCAGAGCAUUUCCUGGAUGCACAAGGGCAUUUUGUGAAAAGAGAAGCGCUUAUUCCGUUUUCUGCUGGCCGGCGCAUAUGUGUGGGUGAGCAAUUAGCCAAAAUGGACCUUUUCCUCUUGUUUACAUCCCUCCUGCAACAAUUCAACUUCUCCAUUCCCAGCAAGGAGCCAAGGCCACGGGAAGACCCUGUGUACACAUUUAGCCUCAGUCCUGCACCCUUCCGUAUCUGCGCUGAGCAGCGCUAAUGCCAGAUGGGCACGGGCAGGAUCAGUGCGUCAUUUGGCCUUCAGGAUGGUGGUGGGAUAAUCACGUGAAAGCAAAGAGCAUUAAUGUUCCCUGUCAGGAAACCAAUUGUAUUAACAAAACUUCCUGCUUUUUGUCACAAUAAAAUUCUACAUUUAGCAACA